AUGCAUAUUGAUUUCUAUUUUGAAUACUUGAAGUCAUCAACAAAAAUGGUGAGGGUACUAUUGGAGAUAUUAUUUGAUAAUAUUGGAGUAACACUAGAUGAAGCAAAAUUUGAAUCACUAACAAGGCUCAAAAUGGUAAACAUGAACUUUUACCCAAGUUUUCUUCUUCCAGGGCUAACAGUGGGCGUCGGAUGCCAUUCGAAGAUGGGAACCCUAACUGUUUUACUACAAGAUGGCAUUGGUGGUCUAUAUGUUAAACUGGAAAAAGGUGUGGAAGAUGAUUGGAUAGAGAUUCCACCCAUUCCUGGUGCUUUAGUUAUCAACAUUGCAGAUACCAUGCAAAUCUUAAGUAAUGGGAGAUAUAAAAGUGCAGAACAUAGAGUUCGUACAACAAGUUCAGAAUCAAGAGUUUCAGUUCCAUUGUUUGCUACACCAAAUCCAUGUGAGAAGAUAGGUCCAUUGCCUCAACUUGUGGAAAGUGAUGGAGUUUCUCACUACAAACAAGUCUUGUUUGCUGAUUACAUGAAAAACAUUUUUGGAAAAGUUCACGAAGGAAAACAAUCUCUUGAUUUUGCUCAAAAUGAUGAUUCUGCUUAAGUUGUAUGCUUAUGGGGUUUCUUCUUCUCUU